AUGCUGUCUCCCCCUUCCGCAACCAUUGGUCCGGUCUACAACACCUCGGCCACCUAUCGCGCACCCCUCCACAAGAUCAACAGCAAUGUCAGCACUGGCGACGAUGGCUCAGGCACUCACACGACCCAGAAAAAGGAGAAGGAGACACGAGAGCCGGAUGUCGCUUCGGCGCUGGCCCUCAAUGGGAUGCUCCCAACCAGCCAAGCUGCCCUCGCUGCCAUCCCGAGCCAGCCGAGUACUUCAGCACUCUACGUGCACAUACAAGAGAUGACGCACAAAAGAGUCGCGACGCUGGACUAUCUACGCAGAGCGCAUGAAGGCCGAUCGUUCUGGUUCAACACGGUUCAGUUCACUGAGGCGGAUAUUGCCAAACUACCAUCAUACACGCCCAACCGAAUGUCGCGACGAGCUGUCAACUAUAUGUUAUUGGGAAUGUCUCUGCCGAUGGUUUUGGAUUUCCAUCCGCCUCAGUCCCAAAGUCAGACCAGCGCGACAAGCAGCGCAGCAGUUGCGCAAGACUAUUUGAAGAAUCUGAAUACACUGUUGACCGAGUUUGAAUCUUUCCAACAACUCCAUCCGCCUGAUGGUAGUUCGGCGAGUUCAUUAAGUCGAGCACGAAUACCUCAGAUGUUUAAAAGAGCAGCUACGACUUCACGGCCGCGAAAAUCGAGUGGUCCAGUCACAGAUAUCGGCCUUCCUAUGCUGCCGGCCACAUCCCCACCCUCAACGCUGCCGGAGCUGGGUCACCAUGCUUCACAGCCAUCGAUAGACACGACAGCCAGCAUGGCUACCUUUGCGUCGGCGGCAACUACACUUGUCAAUCCUUCGCCUUUGACUCCCAUGUCGACGAUCAAUUUCCCUAGCGCAACAUCAUUUCCUCCGCCGGCGCCAUUCGACGCUCCAAACUCGACGCUGUUACCGAACGAAGGACCAUAUACUCACCUGCAAACUCCGCCUCUUCCAUUCACACCCGACUUCUUUACCGUCUUUGCUACGUUAUGUGACGUCCUCAUCGACACCUAUCAGCGGCUACUGCAAAUCUUGACGGGGCCGCCCGCGUGCACACCGGCCGUCAACGACCUGUUCUCCAAAGUUGACGCGCGGAUCCGCAAAGUCAUGGUUUCGGCAGUUAUACGUGAGUUCGAGCAGACGUCCCGGGAAACGGCCAAGAGGGAGAUGAUGGGCUUGCAGAAGGUCGUCCUGGGUGGACUGAUUGCAUGA